AACAGACAGGAGUCAACUCGCAAUUGUGACUGGAGCGAUAUCAACUAAUGACUUUAGUUGUUACCAAUUGAAUGAACACAGCGUUUAAUAACUGUGGUAGAAAUUGAACGUGACGACAUAUCAUGAGUCGUUACUAGUCAUUAAGGCUGUCUUGUUAGCCUAGCUUAGCCUAGCCUAGCAUAGCCUAGCCUUCUUGCUAAGCAGCGUUGCUCAACACAGUUUGGACAGAGAUGUGUCACAAAGAGGAAGGGGGCUGUACCAGUGACACCUAGCAGCGAGCAAGACUACAGAGCUGCCGUUCAUGUCAUAUUGUGCUAAACUUGAGUUGGUUGAGUAGGUUUUCUUCGAGACUGGAGCUUUCUACGAGGCGGUCACAACAUGUUGUCGUUCCCUUCGCCGGGCUCCCAGCAGCGGGUAGGUCCGUCCGGACAGUCCGGGAGGAACAAGGUGGCCUUGAAGCCAGGCCACAGUUUGAUGGACUGGAUCCGGUUUUCAAAGAGUGGAAAAGAUCUGACCGGGCUCAGAGGGCGUCUGAUUGAAGUGACCCAAGAAGAGCUGAAGAAACACAACAAGAGAGAUGACUGCUGGACGUGUAUAAGAGGCUUGGUUUACAAUGUUACCCCCUACAUGGACUACCAUCCUGGAGGAGAGGAGGAGCUGAUGAAGGCAGCUGGGAUAGACGGCACUGAACUCUUUGACCAGGUCCAUCGGUGGGUGAACUACGAGUCUAUGUUGAAAGAAUGCCUGGUGGGCAGGAUGUCCACUUUGCCCACCACGACAAUUAAAGCUAUGAAUCCACCUCCACCACCGACUAGCCUCGCCCCACCUACCUCGUUGGCUCCUCCCCCAGACAAAGACUCCCGACCUCGGUACGACUGGUUCCAGACUGAAGCUUCUGUUCAUCUGGUUGUUUAUGCCAAAAGGAAGAUACCUGGCUCAGGCUGUACCGUCGUUGACCUCGAGGCCGGCGUCUUUCGACUGCAAGUGCUGCUGGGAAAAAUGUCCUACAUGCUUCAUUUACGUCUGGCUGAAGACGUUGAGGGAAACGUCGCUGUUCACACAGCGUUCACAGUGGGAAAGAUCCAGAUCACCAUGCGCAAGCAGGCUAAAGGAAAAUGGACAAGUCUAGGUCAGCCGCUGGAAUCCCACAAUACAUUUCUACGCCAUAAAGACAGAGCUGUCUAUCAUCGGGAUUGUGUGUUGGUGUCAAAGACUGAAGUGAACCAUAACACUCAUGUGUUCAGAUUGCAACUACCACGUGGGACUGUCAUGCAUGUGCCUGUUGGAAAACACGUCUACCUCAAAGCACUUAUUCAAGACACAGAGGUUGUGAGGCCAUACACUCCAGUAGACCAGAAUCUAGCAGCAGCCUCCUGUCAGUCACCACAAGAUUCAGACCUGUACCUCAUGAUCAAAGUCUACCCCGAUGGAGUCAUCACUCCACAUCUCAACAGUCUGAGCAUCGGUGACCAUAUAUCUGUCAGCGGUCCAGAGGGUACCUUUAGCCUCCGCCCCCUUCGUGAUGUCACAGACCUCUACCUGUUGGCAGCAGGCACAGGUUUCACACCCAUGGCUCGUCUCAUCCGACUGGUCCUGCAGGAUAUCGACACCAUCAGAAAAAGCAAGCUGCUCUUUUUUAACCGACGAGAGGAGGACAUUCUGUGGCGCUGUCAACUGGAUGCACUCGCUGCUAAUGAUGAAAGGUUUCAGGUGGAGUACGUCCUCUCUGAGCCCUGUGAAGGCUGGACCGGCAGGAGGGGCCGGGUGGAUGAAUCCAUGCUCAAGGAUUUCCUCAACAGGCCAGAUGGGUCCAAAUGUUAUGUGUGUGUGUGUGGCCCCACUGCAUUUACAGAGCUAACAAUAGGGUUGUUGAAGCAGCAAGGCUUCAGUGAAGAGGAGCUCCACGCCUUCCAGGGCUGAUGAGUUCUGCCGACCCUUCACCCCCACCCUCAACCCCCCGAACUGCAAAGACUGUGUGUGCCUGACCCGAUGAUGCUGACAGCAGACAAAAACAGCCCAGAAGCAAACACUGAAGUCAUCCUAUGGGCUUUGCAAAUCAAAAUAAAGCUUUGUAUCCUUCUGUGAAUGCUGUCCACCUCAUAUUUAGCUUGUGAUUGACAAUGUAAAACACUGUUUCUAACAAUAGUCCUUGCCAAAGCUUGUUCCUUUCAGGUACACAACCUGCAGCUGAUGGUGAAUGUGCUGAAGUGACAGAGUGCUUUUUGUGCAGUUUUAUAAGUAUAACUUAACUGAGGUGGAACUGGGCAGCUGGGGCUCGUCACAUGGUUGGCAGUUUGAUCCUCCACUCUUUCAUCCACAUGUCGAAAAUUGCUCCUGGUGGUCAGGCCAUUUACCAUUUAGCCCCCUAUGACAUACAGUGUGUUGACUUUAUCUGACACAAGAGAACGAAUCAAUAGUGGUAUGACAUUCAUUACAAACAGCAGCUGGCUCAUGAAUCAACUGUCAAUCAAAAAGAUUUCUUUUUUUUUUAUCCGCCAGGUCAGAUAUAACAGUAAAGUUGAUAUCUGAGCAAAUGAAGACACAAAUCCCUCCCUGAUUAUGAGUUUGAUCUUUCCUGAUAAGACACAAAUUGUGAGUAGUAAUAUCAAAUAUAUACAAAAUCACAGCCAAGGAACAGAUUGUCCAUUUUUCAAAUUCCUUACAUUGAGCUGAGGAAGAUGUGUUCCUCCGAUCGCCUUUUCCAGCUGCAAAAAUGAAUUUGCGAUGUCUGGUUAUUUCAUGUCUGAAAUAUGUCCUUCAAAAGUAGCAUCUGUCACAGUGCUGUAUCUUACACCUUUUUGAGCCAGGAAAGGCCUGACACUUUGAUGAACAUCUUUAGACAUUAGUAGACAAUAGUAUACAAGUCCAGCUGUGUUCACUUGCAUGCUACUCGAGGACAAAGGUCGUUUGCCAUAUUCUUAAUUCCCUGAUGAGUGUAGGAAAGAGAACAAGCUCAGUUUACCUAAGCCCAAGUUAGAAGGCAAACCAUUGCUGGCUUUGUUGCAAGGGACUUACAAAAGAUGCAAAUACUGCAUGAGAUAAAAAACUGCUUUGAAAGUCAAUCUAAGAUCUGGACCUGCAACCCUGUGGGGUGCUGUUCCUGCACCUCCAUAAUUGGAACCGUGUGGCCAGAUUAAAAAUACAUUGAAGGUGUCAGUUACAAUUUUCUGAUUUUCUUUAUUUCCCUGAAGAGUCCUCUGGUUUAAACAGAUGUAAGAGCAAAGUGACCUUUCAGUCAGGCGUUCUGAUCAUGAAAUCCUGUCAAGCCUGUGAAAUGUUCAUCAAGUAUUCUACACACCUGCAGGGAGCUGCAGGAUAAAAGCUCCCAGGAAAUUAACUUAGACAUCUUUUAUUUCAAAGGCAAAAUAAUAGAAAGGCAACUCCUGGCAGAUAAAAUCACAUGGCUUGGUUGGGCAGUUGGUUUGAUGGUUUUAUGUACGAGUAAGAAAAAUUCUGUCGAAUACAAAUUCUUGUAAUCUAUAUAGUUAAAUGUUUUGUAGGAGCCAGUUUUGAAACCUUAACCCAUGUCUUUCCUGCUUAGAUUUUGACCGUGGUGAUCAGUCCCCCUCAUGGAAGUGACAUACUGGACUCUGCUGAUAGUGUACCAUUUCACAAAAAAGUGAAACAGUCAUGUCCCGUGUGGGAUCAAGGAUGUUAACCGCAAACAUUCUGCACAGUGUUUCAGUUUCUCCACGCCAGUGACUCAUCACUGAGAACACCUGUUCCACUGUGGCCACUUCUUCCCUGACCUCCGACACCCCCUACAGGUAUGAUUCUGGGCUCCAUCUUUGAAGUUACAAUUGUCCCGUUUCCAUUAAGGAAGUUCCAGGUCCUCUGUCCUCUCAGCCGUUGUGUCUCCAUUGCAGAGUAGGACCCUGAUAGGACCCACCUGACUCUGGAGUCCUGUCAUACAGCUGUUCCUGCGCCCCACCACCUCCCCAUCUCUGCCAUUCUCUACAGGAUCUGCAGUCUAUUCCCAUCUUCCAUCUUCUCUUCAGUCUCAUCAGUAAUCACCACCACCAGUGUCUGGACUUCAUGGGGGAUCUACAUAUAUAUGCAGCCAUUCAGGGAUGAUUACUCAUGGAGUUCAAGUGCCAAAGACUUUAUCAUUACUAAGAUUUUGUUCAUUACAUAUUUACAAUAAAUAUCUUUCUAUUCA